UUGCUCACAUUCAUACCUUCUAUCAUCCUAAAAACUUUUUGCAAAUCUUUAAGACAAUUGCUUUUUUUCUCCAAAAGUGAAAGACAUGUCUCAACAAAGCCAAUUUCUUGCACUUUUCAUAAUCUUAGCCUCUUUCUCAACCUGCUUUAGCACUUACAAAGAGGACCCACAUGCUACUAAUGGAGGUCCCGAUCCUAUAGCCCACACUACAUCAAUGGGCACCAUCAACCAGGGUGAUAAACAUGAGCCAUGGCUUGUAGACUUCAUGAAGUCUCAGACCAAAAGGUUUGGUCUCACAACAAGGCUUAGCAGCGCAAGCACUUCACAGAAGCUGGUUAAUGUAGAUGACUUUGGAGCUAAAGCUAAUGGUGGAGAUGAUACUGAGGCAUUUAGGAAAGCUUGGAAGGUGGCUUGUUCUUCUGCAAAUAGUGCUCUUGUGGUUACUGCAAAUAAGAACUAUCAUCUUAAGCCAAUUACCUUCUCAGGUCCUUGCAAACCAUAUUUUACAAUGAAGGUCUAUGGAACAAUUAAAGCUUCUUCUCACAAAUCAGAUUAUGAAAAAGAUACACUACAUUGGCUUGUGUUUGAGAAUCUUCAAGAUUUCAAUAUUGAAGGUGGCGGCACCAUCAAUGGCAAUGGGAGGAUAUGGUGGGAAAGCUCAUGCAAGAUCAACGAUAAACUUCCCUGCAAGCAUGCACCAACUGCUGUGACUUUCCAAGAUAGCAAGAAUGUGAGGGUGUCCAGCAUAAGGAUAAAAAAUGCACAGCAAAUGCAUCUUACGUUUCAGAAUUGUCAAAAUGUCGAAGCUUUGAAUCUUGUGGUGGUUGCACCAGGCAAUAGCCCCAAUACCGAUGGAAUUCAUGUCACAGGGACACAAAACAUUCAAAUACAGAACUGUGUCAUCAGGACAGGUGAUGACUGUAUUUCAAUUGUAAGUGGGUCUAAAAAUGUUCAAGCCACGGAUAUUACCUGUGGACCAGGACAUGGAAUCAGCAUUGGUAGCUUAGGAGCUGAUAAUUCAGAAGCAGAAGUUUCUAAUGUUAUGGUGAAUAGAGCAAAACUCACAGGAACCACAAAUGGGAUGAGAAUAAAGACUUGGCAGGGAGGCUCUGGGUAUGCAAAAAACAUCAUGUUUCAAAAUGUGGUUAUGAACAAUGUCAGCAAUCCUAUAAUCAUAGACCAAAACUAUUGUGAUCAAAAAACACCAUGCCAACAACAGCCCUCAGCUGUGAAAAUAAGCAAUGUGGCUUUCAAGAACAUCAAGGGCACUAGUGCAUCAGAAGAGGCCAUAAAAUUCGACUGCAGCAAGAGCUUUCCUUGUCAAGGGGUUUUGUUGCAAGAUGUUAAUCUGGUACGCCAAGGCAAUGGAGAUGUCGAUGCUACUUGUCUGAAAGUUGGAUUGCAAAAAAAGGGGAAUGUCUCUCCAGGGUGUUGAUUACAAAUUAAGAUGGGGGGAAAACAAACAUUCAUGCUCUUAGAUUAAUGUUUUGAAUACCUUUGAUUUAGCAUUAUAGUGAUAGAUUUAGUCAAGCAUCAUGUUGUUUUGGUCUUGGAACUGAAACAAACAUAGAUGAUAGAUCUCAUCGUAAAUAGCUAGGAAUACCAUACAUGCAUUCAGAAUUCAUUGUAAGUUAUUGGUUUUCCCUUCAUAAAUUUAAUAAAACAUGGGUUUGCUUUA